AUGGCGUUCCUGCUCGCCUUGCUGGCCUUGCUGGCCACUGGCACGCUCAGCUGGGCUGAAGCCAAGCCUCCGAACAUCCUCUUCAUCCUGGCAGAUGACCUUGGCUUCAAUGACGUGUCCUUCCAUGGCUCCCCGCAGAUCCCGACUCCCAACAUCGACGAGAUCGCACGUACUGGCAUCACUCUGAACAGCUACUAUGCCCAGCCAGUUUGCAGCCCUACACGUGCGACCAUCAUGAGUGGACGGCAUGUGUCGCACACCGGCAUCUACAUGCCACUUAUGAUGGGCACGGCGGCCAGGCUGAACAUCAGCUACUCGACGCUGCCCCAGUUCUUGGAGAAGCUGGGCUACGACACCCACAUGGUGGGGAAGUGGCACCUGGGUCAGAAUGAGCUGGCGGCGAUGCCGACAGGCCGAGGCUUCGCGAGCUUCUUCGGCUACCUGAGUGGUGAGGAGGAUUACAUCACACAUCAGGCAGCAGGAGCCUUCGACCUGUUUGACGGCACUCGCACAGCCUUUGAGUUCAACGGCACGCACUCCACGGGGCUCUGGGUGUCCAAGGUACUAAAUCUGCUGAGUAAACCGUCCGAGAAGCCCUUCUUCAUCUACCUGGCCUUCCAAAAUGUCCACUGGCCCCUGGAGCCUACAGAGGAGGCGCUGAGGCGCUUCGAGGGAAAGACCGGCGGCGACGCGCAACGCCAGGGUGUCUGCGGGCUAGCCUCGAUGCUGGACGACGCCGUUGGCCAGGUCAUUCGCAAGCUGAAGGACCAGAGACUGUAUGAUGAUACUCUGAUCGUCUUCGCCUCGGACAACGGAGGCCCUACGAACGGCUUCCAGGGUACCUGGUCCAGCAACUACCCUAUGCGCGGUGGCAAGAAUACGCUCUGGGAGGGAGGCACCCGAGUGGCUGCAGCCAUCAGGGGCCCUGGAAUUCCCCAGGAGCUCGUCGGCUCCGUCUCCUACCACAAGGUCCAUGCUGCAGACUGGCUCCCCACACUGGUGCGGGUGGCGGCCAAUGACCCCAAGUGGCUGGAGAGGAACUGGCCUCAGGGAGAGCCGGUCUUCGAGCUCGGUGAUGGCAUGGAUGUUUGGGACACCUUCAGCAAAGGCGUCGCUGUGCGCGAGGAGGUUCUGCUUGAGGCUCACCAGCAGGAUGAGACAAGGAUAGCGCACGGCAAUUCCCUGAUCGUGGGCGACUGGAAGAUUCUCAAGCUUUCGCCUUCCCAGCAGGAGGAGUUUGGCUGGGUGCCGCCUCCUGGCCAGAACCCUCGGGAAGUGGAGUACCAGCUGCCCUGCAGGCUGGCGGAUCAGCCCCGCUCGGUGGACUACACCGAGUGCAGCGAGGAGUUCUGCCUCUUCAACGUCGCGUCGGACCCCUGCGAGUACCGCAACGUGGCAAAGGAGCACCCCAAGAUCGUCGCAAGGUUGGCAGAGCGCUUGGCAGAGUACCAGAAGACUGCAGUGCCCGCCGUGAACUCGAAGGACUGCGGAUGCGCACCAGUGAUGGUCAAGGGCGCCUGGCGUCCUUGCGACCUUCCAGAUCCCGGCGCUGCCUGGGCCCUCCGCAACCUCGUGGUCUGA